UUUGUUAAACACUCGAGCAGCCAAGCAACAGCCUAGAAUUUAUUUCCUAUGACAAUGGACAGACCUGCCUUAAAAACAGCAGCCGGAAGCGUAUAUAAAACUUUACUAACACGUUCAACAACAAGUUUGGUGUUUUUGUUUUGUUUGACAUUGCCUCAGAAUAGUAAUCUCUUAAAAUUUGCGUCUAAGCAUGAAUAACAAGGCAAACUCAAAUAAUGAGUCUUCCUUACUUUUAAAGUAUCCUAUAAAUUUAUUUUCAACUAACUUAAAUAAUGAUAAUUUGUUACUACCGGUUGGUCGUCAAGAAGAAAGCCUUGAAGUCAAUAUGAAAUCAUCUGAUUCAACUGAUACAGGAGAAUGCAGAAUGUCAUCAGCUAUUUGUCAGCUAGAGCAGCCUUUAAUUUUUGGAGGAGUAUCAAAGCCAAAUCAAAGAAGCCCUCAUGUUUCUACUAUUUCUCAAGUCACUCAUCUUCCUGAGUCUACCAUACCACCAGUUUUAAAACCUUUGGAACACCCAGUUCAAGAUAACCCAAUUCUUUAUUCUCAGAUUGAAACUUCUCAUAUUUCAUAUGAACCUCAGUUCCCCACACUUUCUAAUAUCUCUUCACAAGUAACCACUCCACUUACAACAGAAUACAAAAGCAGUUCUGAACCAUAUUUUACCUCUGCACCCUUGGUACCUAAUAACUACACUGAUACUUCUUUAUCACAACCUUGUGAGUUUCAAGUUGGAUCUAAUAUUAUUCAAUCUCAAUCCAGUCAUGAUUUUAGUGGUAAUGCUCAAGAAACUGGACAAUAUUAUUCAGAAAGAAGCAUUGAUCCACUCCAACCUUAUUGGUUUUUUAGUGACUUAGUUGAAUCAAAGGAAAUUUGGUAUGGAUUUUGCAAAAAGGAUUCUGAGAGAUUGGAAGAAGCUUAUCAGUUAGGUUCAGACUCUGUCAUACCAACGGAUGGUGGUAGGUGUGAUGUUUAUCUCAAUCAAAGGAAAAAGACGUUUGUUUAUUUUGAUUCUAAGGAACUGCAAGUGAGACGUUGCACUUGGUUUCAUCAGCAAGGGUCUUCAAUGCGAUUCAUACCUUAUGAUGAAAAUACAUCUGCAUGCCUUGAAGAGUUUUAUCAUAAGUGGAUAACAUCUGGCUCUCAAGACAUGCGAUUUGUUAUACCUGGGAUUAUUGGAAGCUUUCUUUUUGAGAAACCUUUAGUGUUGCUACACUAUGGUUUUGAUGUCAGUGUUUGGAAUGCCCCUAAUGAACCCAAAGGAAGUCCUAAAAUUGUAAAGCGAGGACUGCCGGAAGGUGGCUUUCAAAUUAUGCCAGAUGAAUCACCCAAAAUAGAUCACCUACUUUUUAUUGUUCAAGGCAUUGGUUCCUUUUGUGAUCUUCGUUUUAGAACAGUUUCAGAAUGUGUGGAUGGAUUUAGGGACAUUGCUAACAAAUUGAUUAAUAGCCACUUUGGAAAAGAAGUAAAACAAGGUUGUGUUGGUAGAGUUGAAAUUUUACCUGUGGCAUGGCAUGCUAAAUUACGCACUAGUGAUAUCGGAUUAGAUCGAACAAUGAAAAUGAUUACUCUACCUAGUAUACCUAAGUUACGCCACUUCACAAAUGAUACUUUAAUAGAUAUCUUACUGUAUAGUAGCCCUUCAUACUGUCAAUCAAUUGUGGAUACUGUGACGCAAGAACUCAAUAAUUUGUAUGAAGUUUUCGUAUCCCGUAAUCCAGCAUUUUGUGGAAAAGUGUUUGUUGCUGGUCAUAGUUUAGGUUCUUUGAUUCUUUUUGAUAUUCUUUCGAACCAAAACUUUAAUGAUUGCAGCAAAGAAAGUGCAAAACCUGAAGUUCUUGAAAGCUUUGAAAGUAACCAGCAAGACUUAGAAAGCUUUGUAGAUAUUGAGCAUCUUUUAAGAACUUUGAAUUUGGAAGAAUAUUUAGAUGCAUUUAAUGAGGAAAAAAUUAGUUUAUCAACACUGCUCUUUUUAUCAGAUGAAGAUUUGAAGAACAUAGGCUUACCUACUGGUCCACGUCGAAAAUUGAUGAAUGCUGUUAAGAAAAAUUCUGUUGAACCAGAAACUAUUUCUUCAGCCCCUAAAACAAAAAAUUGUGAAGUUAGUGCUACAGAAAACAUUACUACUGAAUGUCAUAAUAGGAUGAUAUUUCCUCUCCAAAAUCUGAACACAGGAGAUUCUUCAGUAAUUUACCAAAGGUUACAUUUUCACCCUGCUGCCUUUUUUGCCAUGGGAUCACCAAUUUCAAUGUUUUUAGCUAUUCGAGGUUUUGACACAAUCAGUGAAAAGUUUAGCUUCCCAACUUGCCCUGCAUUUUUUCACAUAUUUCAUCCGUAUGAUCCUGUAGCAUUUCGAAUUGAACCAAUGAUUGAUCAUGGUUUCAAGGAGAAGCCUGCUCUGAUACCUCACCAUAAAGGACGGAAACGGAUGCAUUUGGAAAUAAAAGAAAAUGUUACUAAGUUUGCAAAUGAAUUACGUCAGAAAGUCAUGGAUACACUUCAUAAGACAUGGCAUUCUUUUAAUGAACUUACUGGACUUCAACCUUUUCCACAAGCUAUUUUGGAACAAGAAGUUAAUUCAAUGGUGUCACAAGAAAUUCCUGAAAUUGCAACAUAUGAUGAAAGCACUUCUCAUGUUUCACCAAUUGGAAAUUUAAAUGGUGGAAGAAGAAUAGAUUAUGUUCUCCAGGAAAAACCUCUAGAAGCUCUUAAUGACUAUGUGUGGGCUCUUACUAGUCAUGCAACAUAUUGGGACUCAGAAGAUACUGUUUUAAUGAUUUUGCAAGAAAUAUAUGCUAUUCAAGGAAUUAAAGUUUCUCCCCUCGGUGAAAGUUUUAUAACGGAAAGUGGUCCAGAAAGCUUGCCACCUGUUCAAACUUAUAAUCCAUUUCCUAGAGAGAUUUUAGAGAAUACAUUAUAUCCAUCAGCCUUACCGAAUAAGGAUCAUUCACUACCUUCAGACACUACCAGUAAUGUAAAUAUUAAUGUUUCAUCUAAUGUAGUACCUACAGCUGAAGGUGAUAAUUAUUCUAACCUUACUUCUGCUUCAUCUAAUAUGACUUCUACUUUUAAAAGUGCAAAUUAUUCUGAACCGACACCCCCUGUGCAGCCUCUUGGCCCCCCUCCUCUUUCUGGUUUUGUUAAAAGAUCAGCCUUUUCAAAAUGAUUUUAAAUGAAAGAGCUAAAAAUGUAUGUGUAUCUGUUACUUUUUGAAAAGUUUAUAAUUUAUGUAAAUUUCUAUGCAUAUUUAUUCAUAAUGUGUGUUUUUAAGGUAAAAAUAAAAAUAUAUUUUAUGCCUAUAUUACACAGUUUUCAUAGUUUGAUUAAACUUGAUCAAUAAUG